AACACAAAACAUCUCCGAGCAGAGGUUAGUGAACGGGAGAGGACACCAAUCGGCCACGACCACUUGGCUUUACUACUUAAAUUUCGAAUUUUCCAAGUUCUCUGCAUCCUGUCGCCACACUUGUGACCACAAUUUUCCUUCUGUACUCCAGGAAACUCAAAGCAAUCAUGAAGAACCCGAAAGUUCAGGUCGGAUUGCUGUUCUCUCUCAUCACUUUGUGCGUCUUGUUCGUCAUCUCCAACGCCGCCGAAGAUCCGAAGAAAUCAGGACCUAAAGUUACCGAUAAGGUUUGGUUCAAAGUCAAGAUGGGGGAGGAAGAACUCCCAGAACUAAUCUGGAUCGGAUUAUUCGGUGGAACCGUCCCGAAGACUGUCGAGAAUUUCAAGCAGCUCGCUACGAAACCAGAAGGCGAGGGCUACAAGGGAAGCAAAUUCCACAGGGUGAUUAAGGACUUCAUGAUCCAGGGUGGCGACUUCACCAGAGGAGAUGGAACUGGUGGUCGCAGUAUCUAUGGUGACAAGUUCGAAGAUGAAAACUUCAAAUUGGAACACUAUGGUGCAGGAUGGUUAUCUAUGGCCAAUGCUGGAAAAAAUACCAAUGGAUCUCAGUUUUUCAUUACCACAAAACAGACCCCCUGGCUCAACAAACGCCAUGUUGUUUUCGGAAAGAUUUUGAAAGGAAUGAAUUCAGUCCGGAAAAUAGAACAAACAAAGACUGAUAGACAAGACCGGCCUGUCGAAGAUGUUAUCAUUGUUGACUGUGGUCAUGAGAAAGUUGACCAACCCUUCUCAGUAGCUAAAGCUGAUGCCACCGAAUAAACAUUCAUAGAAGUUGAUUUCAUCAGCCAAUAAUGUGAUAUAGAUAUAAGCUCAAUAACUCUGGUAACUAAUAUCAAAAAUUUAACUUUCUACUUAACUAUGUUUUCUAAUUUUUUUCUUCCGUUAGGUUUUGUGAUAUGUACCUUAGUGGUUGAUUUUUUUUCUUUUUUUUUCUACUUAAAAUUGUGCAUGUUUUCAUGCCAGCUUCUGUUCUAUUGCGCAGAGUAAAUGCAUUUAAUUUUCUCACAGAGAAACUUUUCCUUGUAAGCUUCUCUCUUUUAUAAUUUUCUUUGAAAUAAAUAACUGCUCCAGAA